AUGGCCACCACGAUGGAGGCUUCCCCGGACAAUGACAAAGCAAGUGUCAACAUGGCUGAGCAUGUCGACAAGGUUCAGUCUGUCGAGGGUGCUGGCUGGAGUGAAGCCGAUACCAACAGACUGAUACGCAAGAUUGAUUGGUCCAUUAUCCCAUUUGUCUCUAUCCUCUACCUCCUGUCCUUCCUCGACCGAACCAACAUUGGUAAUGCUCGUCUCGAUACCCUCGAGCUAGACCUGGGAAUGACUGGCCUUAUGUACAAUCAUGCAUUGGUCAUAUUCUUCCCUUUCUACAUCAUCGCAGAAAUCCCUUCAAACAUGGCCAUGAAGAGGUUCAGACCUUGGAUUUGGAUCCCUUCGAUGAUGGUCGCUUGGGGUAUAUGUUGUACAUUAAUGGGUAUUGUCCAGAGCUAUCCUGGUUUGAUGGUUGCUCGAGGUUUUCUCGGUCUGACCGAGGGUGGCCUUUUCCCAGGCAUCGCCUACUAUAUUACCAUGUGGUAUCGUCGCCACGAAUGCGGCUUUCGCAUGGCCAUAUUCUUUUCGGCCGCCACUGCCGCGGGUGUGUUUGGGGGUUUCCUCGCGCGUGGCAUCAUGGAGCUGCGUGGUGAGGCGGGACUAGCUGGCUGGCAGUGGAUCUUCAUCAUCGAAGGUCUUCUUACAGUCGUAGUCGCACUUGUAUCAUUCAAGCUUAUGUCUGAUUACCCCGAUCGAGCGAAAUUUAUAACUGAAGAAGAGCGAAAGCACAUCCAAGAGCGCCUGCAGCUCGAUCGAUCAGGAUUGGCAGAGGAGUUUGAGAUGAGAUACGCGCGGGAUGCUUUUCGCGACUGGAAGAUUUGGGUGCAUAUGUUUAUUGCGGCUGGUACAUUUACUGCAGUCUAUGCAUAUUCUCUGUUUCUUCCUACCAUCAUUCGCGAUUUGGGUUAUUCCAGCACGACCGCUCAACUCAUGAGCACUCCUCCUUAUCUUGUGGCUUGUGUUAUUUGUGUUGGAGCUGGAUGGUGGGCUGAUAAGAUACAGCAGAGAGGGAUCUUCAUGAUUAUCUUCAUUUCCAUGUCUGCGCUUGGACUGAUUCUUCUUAUGGCUGUUGAGCACCCGGGUGUCAGAUACUUCGGCUGUUUCCUGCUCGCUUCAGGCACAUUCCCAUGUGUUCCACAGGGCAUUGCCUGGAAUAGCAACAACAUCGGGGGAUCGCUCAAGCGUGGUGUCGGUAUUGCGAUGAAUGUGAGCUGCGGCAAUAUUGGUGGCGUGAUUGCAGCGUAUCUGUUCCUGGCGAAGGAUGCUCCAAGAUAUUUCCCAGGUUUUGGUACGCUCCUUGGACUCCAAAUCAUGGCACUGAUAUUGUGUAUCUUCAUGAGCAUUUACUUGCGUCGCGAGAACGCUCGAAGGGAUACGAUGCACAAGGACCCCAGUUUAUAUACUGAAGCAGAGAAGCAUGCCGAGAGGGAGAAGGGUGACAACGCAACCUUUUUUCGGUAUACGAUUUGA